AUGACGGACGACUACAAUCGCUUCGAAACCGCACGGCAUAAGGAGGCAAUGCGAAACGAACGUCAGAAAUCGGAAGAGAGUCGCUUUCAAGCCUAUGGAGAUCGCCCAGGAAGUGGAGUAGAGUUGUCAAGCCAUCAUUGGGAAGGCGGAGAGAUAAUCACAGAUCCUAGCCAACUUCCAAAAUCUUUAAAACCGCGGCGGUUAUACUACUCUCCGAUAGGAGACGGAACUGUUGCUGCUGAUGGUGUUGAGUUGAAGAGGCGACCUGCUGACUUGUCACCUCGUGUCACUAUUACACAAGUACAACACGUGGAUCGUGGUCAUAAAGGUCACGAUGGUUUGAAUAUUUAUGAAAAGAGUUGGACGAACCCCUUAGGAUCCCAAGCGGGAAGUGAAGCCGGCUACGGUAGCGAAUUUGGUGGUGGGCCUGGCAGUGGGCGUAAUUCGCGAGCAGACGCUUUGAGUCCGUCUGGAGAUCUUUACGGCAAGGGACCACAUGCGGGUGCGGGUUCCGGCCCUUAUGGAGGAGGUCCAGGUGGUCCCGGAGGUCUUGGUGGUGCCGGAGGCGGUUCUGGAGGCCCAGGAGGUCCUGGUGGAUUCGGAGCUGGAGGGGGUCCUGGCACGGGAGGAGGAUAUGGAAGCGGUCGUGGGACUCCAAGCGGGCCAGGAGCAGGAGAUGGAUAUGGCGGACCAGGUGGUUAUGGUGGCCCAGGUAGCGGAGGUUAUGGCGGUGGUCCAGGAAGCGGCCGACCAGGCAUGGCAUCAUCAGUGUUCUCAGAUCCAUCGUAUCGUUUUGACACUAAAACUGGUUAUUUGAUUACAAAUCCACGAGAGUUGAUCCAUCAAUAUGCCACCACAACGCCAGUGGCUGUGAUGGAACCAACUGACAACACACCCUCGACGACUACAAUCACAAAACAAACUAUGACACAAAGCCAACGUGAGGCGAACACACAUCUAGACCCUAUGAAUCAACGCGAUGCUUAUGCUGAUCAAAGGCUCAACGAUAUCCGCUCAAAAACCAAUGUUAUCAGGGGACACGACGACAUUGACAACCUAACACAACAACUCGUGCAUGGUCUUCAAACAUCGUCGAGACUCUAA